AUGGAUCAAAGAAGAUGGGAGGACUUAGACGUGGACUGUUUGUUGAUUGUGUUGGGAAGAGUUGGAAUGGAGUCGCUGCUUUUGGAUGUCCCUUUUGUGUGCAAGUCAUGGUACAAAGCAAGCCUCGAUCCUUCAUUCUGGCAAUGUCUCAUAUUACCGGACUUUCAUGAUGGUUUUAUGGUUGCUCGGUUUUCUUAUUUCGCAAAAAAUCAAUAUUGGAUCGCUACUCCCUUUUAUAGAAAAUUCAUACGUCAGUAUCGAAUUAGUAAGUACCGUUUCUCCAUGACUGGUUUUGUAAAGCUGCUUGUUAGUCGUAGCCGUGGAAAUGCUACUUCUCUGAGCCUACCUGAAUGUUCAAACAGACUACUGAGAUUAGUCGCAAAUACGUGUCCUAGCCUCAAGGCUUUGUCUUUGCCUAGAAAUUUCGUGUUACGGCAAUCAAGCAUAAUUAUGGAACUGACUGAAAAGUUGAAACAUUUGGAGUCAUUGUCUUUGGGAGACAGCACAGAUAUUACUGAAAUUCUUUCACAGAUCAGCCUUCACUGCAAGAACUUUCGUAGGUUAGACGUCUUUCGUGCUUCAUUAUGUAAAGAUGAGGUAUUGUCGAUUGUCAAGUUCGUACCUAAUAUUGAAUACUUAAGCUUGAGGAGGGCAAUCAUUCGUCGGUGUGAUCUCAUCACAUUACUGCAGGGAUGUAGGGAGCUUGUGUUUUUGGAUGUCAGUGGUACUGGUUUUGAUGAGGGUGACCAUGAAAUAUCAAUUUUGUUGGUGGAUUCCGACAUUGUUACUUGUAGGGUUAUUGUUCAAUCUCCUUAUUCCUUAUAUCUCGCUGAGUCAGGGUUCUAG